AUGGCAAUGACUACCACUGCCCAUGAGAUCAAAUCUUCCAAUAUCUCAGCCGAAAGAAUGUUCAAUGCUGUGAUCCUGGAAGCCAACACCACCUACACAACCGUCUUUCCUCAAAUGGUCAAGACUAUCGAGACCAUCCAAGGCGACGGAGGCCCCGGAACGAUAUUCGAAAUCGCCUUCAUUGAUAGUGGUAAACGUUUCCUCUUUCGCUAA